GCCGAGGCCUGCAUUUUCUCUUUCUAUUUUUUAUUGUUUCCGCUCCAUAUUUUCGUACCGGUAGUUUCUUUUAUUUUUGGUUUUUAAUUUUUUUUUGUUCAUUUGAUUGCUUUUGCCAUCUCUUUCAUGUCAACGGCUGGGGAGAUGGAGCCAUUGACGUCGGGAGCAAGCAAUCGGAUAAUUCCGAUCCUAAAAACCCUAAGAACUCCUCUUAUUUUCAUCCAAUCUGUAGUCUUGUACCUCCUCCUCCUCUUCUUUCCUAGGCGCCACAAAUUUCGGACGGCGGUUGCGGCGGAUGACGGUGCUGCCGCCGGGCCGCAAUCUCCUGCUCAAACGGCGAGGCGUAAGUCUUUAUGGAGGCGAGAAGAGGAGGACACCUUAAGAAGGAGAUCUUUGGCUGAGGGUUUGAACAUGGGGUUCGAAACCGGAGACGGAGAGGUUCAUUGCUGCUGGAGCACGUCUCUGUUCUUUGGCGUUCGAAGAAAUGCCUUGUUUUGUCGCUCUUGGUUUCCGGCUACCGGUGAAUUAAAGGGAAUUUUGAUCAUUAUACACGGGCUUAAUGAGCACAGCGGAAGAUAUAAUCAAUUUGCAAAGCAACUAACCUCCUGCAACUUUGGUGUAUAUGCAAUGGACUGGAUAGGUCAUGGUGGCAGUGACGGAUUGCACGGAUAUGUUCCUUCGCUUGAUCAUGUUGUUGCAGACACUGGGGCUUUCUUGGAAAAGAUCAAAUCAGAGAACCCAGGUGUACCUUGCUUCCUUUUUGGUCACUCUACUGGCGGAGCCGUGGUUUUAAAGGCAGCUUCAUACCCUCGUAUUGAAGAAAUGCUGGAGGGAAUUGUGCUGACAUCUCCAGCUUUGCGUGUUAAGCCGGCACAUCCGAUUGUUGGGGCCAUUGCUCCCCUUUUUUCUAUGGUUGCUCCUAAGUUGCAGUUUAAAGGAGCGAACAAGAAGGGCAUCCCAGUUUCGAGGGACCCUGCUGCACUGCUGGCCAAGUAUUCCGAUCCCUUGGUCUACACCGGUCCAAUAAGGGCCCGAACAGGGCAUGAGAUAUUACGCAUCACAUCUUACUUGACGCGGAACUUUAAGUCUGUGACUGUCCCAUUCUUUGUGCUGCAUGGGACUGCUGACAAAGUCACCGAUCCAGUCGCCUCCCAGGACUUGUACAACGAGGCAUCCUCCAACUUCAAAGACAUAAAGCUGUACGAAGGCUUCUUGCAUGAUCUUCUCUUCGAACCAGAGCGUGAAGAGAUAGGGCAGGACAUAAUCAACUGGAUGGAGAAGCGAUUAGACACUGUAGGAUCCUAUCUAGUAAACGAUCUUGCAGGACGGAUUAGGUGUAGAACUCCUGUAUGAAAGCACAAGUGGACGUGAUAGAAAAAAGCUCGUCCUCGCCGAAGCUUGUUCAUCUGGUUUGCAGUGAAAUUCAUAAUCGUGUGUAUAAUCAUGUUAUAAAUUGUUUUUUUA